GGCUAUCGAAAAUAGUGGUAGCGAGUGGCUUUGAACAGCAAUAAAAAUGGUUAAAGUUAAGUGCUCGGAACUGCGGACGAAGGACAAGAAGGAGCUGACCAAGCAGCUCGAGGAGCUCAAGACGGAGCUGCUCAAUCUGCGGGUGGCCAAAGUCACCGGAGGUGCUCCUUCGAAGCUGUCCAAAAUCCGAGUGGUUCGAAAAGCCAUUGCCCGCGUGUACAUUGUGAUGAACACAAAGACGAAGGAGAAUUUGCGUAAAUUGUACAAGGGCAAGAAGUACGUGCCGUUGGAUCUGCGCCCCAAGAAGACCCGCGCGAUGCGUAAGGCUCUGUCUCCCCGAGAUGCUGCUCGACUGACCCUGAAAGAACAGCGCCGGCGUGCUAAGUUCCCCAAGAGAACCUAUGCCGUGAAAGCCUAAGGCGGAUGUUUUCUACUUGGUUGAAUAAAAUAUUUUCUGCUAGGAAUUAAAGAAAAGUGUACA